AUGGCGCCCCUAGUCCCUGUCUUCCCGACAGAAGUCCUCCCCGAACGAGUCAACGUCGUGUACAAAGGAUGGAAGGAAAAGCGCCGAAAAGGCCCGCCGGUCGACCUGGAGAAAUGCGAGUUACGCGAAAUGCUACAGUACUCGUGUAAUCCACCGCAGGAGGGAGUCCCGUCGCCGGGUGUGGUGGUGUGUAAGCCUGUGCUGAGGCUGUUUCGGAGAUGCGCUGGUGGAUUAACAGUCGAGACGACAUCGUGGGAGAAGCUACAAGACGCACACAAAGAUGGGAAGAUCGCAUAA